AGAUAACGAGGAGGCCGUGAAGGCAGCGCCAGUCCGGUUCCUGCGAAGAAUCCGGUCCACUUCUUGCGCCGACCCGGACUCCAUGUUGUUCCGACAGCCACGGAACGAACAAGUGCCCUGGCCGACAACUCUCACGUUGCAACUCUGUGUGUGCGAGAAGUAAAGUGUGUGUGCGUGUGAGUGUAUUGACCCUCCGAAAGAAGAUGGCAGACUACCGGGACGACACCGGAGCUAGAGCCCUGCUUGCUUUACAGUCAGCACCGUGCAGUCCUGUGCGCGUCGCGGUGACCUCGCACGCCUAUCACCAGCCCUCGCUCGCCCUCUUGGGUCCUCCGGUGAUGGAAGCCCGGGCCGACGCCGGGAUUCUUCCCGUGCGCCUCGCUUGUCCUCCUCCGCAGGCCUUGGCCAGACUCGAGGGCCGGGAUUUCGAGUUUGUCAUGCGCCAGAGGACGGUCACCAUAGGCCGGAACUCUUCUCACGGCUCCGUGGACAUCAAUAUGGGUCAUUCGAGCUUCAUUUCACGGCGACACCUGCAGCUCACCUACGACGAGGCGAGCGGUUUCUCCCUCCGGUGCUUGGGCAAGAAUGGCGUGUUCGUUGACGGGGUGUUCCAGCGGAGAGGGGCGCCGCCGCUGCCGCUACCCAGAGAGUGUGUGUUUCGUUUUCCCAGUACAGUAAUCAAGAUUCAGUUUAUGUCACUCCUGGAGCCUGAGGAGCACAGAGAAAGGGAGCAGCCCUCUCUUCCUCCUCGGCCACUUCUACCCCACAUUUCCCCUCUCAAAAUCAGCAUUCCCACAGUGCAGCAGCACGAAGAGCACAUCAGGGCAUUUGGUUCUCCGCUGCCCUCGCCCACAGGCACCAUCAGUGUUCCUAACUCCUGUCCGGCUAGUCCACGAGGGGCAGGGUCAUCAGGGUAUCGCUAUGGACGCAACGUGACCUCUGACCUCCAGUUAGCAGCUGAAUAUGCUGCCAAGGCCGUUUCUGAGCAGAGACGAAGCAUUUCUGAGCAGAGAGGUGGGGGAAGUGAGCAGCGGGGGGACUCGGCUGGGGGAGACAGCCCCAAGGAUGAGUCCAAGCCGCCUUAUUCCUACGCACAGCUGAUCGUCCAGGCCAUCUCGUCUGCCCCAGACAAACAGUUGACUCUCAGUGGCAUCUACGCCCACAUCACCAAACACUACCCCUACUAUCGCACUGCAGACAAGGGCUGGCAGAAUUCAAUCAGACACAACCUGUCUCUCAACCGCUACUUCCUGAAAGUUGCCCGCUCUCAGGACGAGCCCGGGAAAGGGAGUUUUUGGCGCGUGGAUUCCGCUUCUGAGAGCAAGUUGGUAGAGCAAGCCUUCAGGAAAAGACGGCAAAGAGGGGUGGCGUGCUUUAGGACGCCAUUCGGACCUCUGUCUUCUAGGAGCGCCCCUGCCUCCCCGACCCAUCAGGGACUGCUUUCCCCUCCAUCCAGUGGGCUGCAGACUCCUGAAAGUCUGAGCAGGGAGGGCUCUCCUGUCUCCCACGACCACCAUGAACAGCUGGCUAACAAACUGGCAUCUGUACCUGAGUAUAGGUACUCUCAGAGUGCCCCAGGAUCUCCAGUCAGCGCUCAGCCUGUCAUCAUGGCUGCCCCCUCCCACCUCCCAACAGUCCUGUCCUCAGGCCAGGGGAAAGCCCUUGCUUUAGUUCCCGGUGGCGGCGGCCAAGUCCAGCCCAUCCACUUGCUCCAGAACCCCCCUCAGUCCUCUGUCACCAUGGUGCGGGUGGUUACCAGCGGCCCUCUCACUUCCACCCCUCCGAACGGGUACACCAACUCCUCCAUUGGAGGAGCAGAGGGCAACAGUGAGCUCAGAGAAGCCCAGCUGAACAGAGAGCGAGUGAUCCAGACUGUGGACAGUGUGGUGCAGGGUGGGGAAGGGAGGAACCUCACUCCAGGUUUACAUCAGCUUCCUGUUCGUCCUGUUACCCAGAAUGGCAAACACACCAUUGCCGCAGUUGCCACUGAAACCAGCCUUGCUAAUGCAUCUGGCCUGAGUAGUCCUCUCCAGAUCUUGGCAGCCCAGGCCUCCAGCUCCCCUCCUGUGCUGGUGAGCAGACAGGUCAGUGCAGAAAGUCUAGCUGAGCAGUCAGCUGAGCCCCAGGCCAAGCGACCGAAGAUGGAGAACGAGGGUGGGACUGAAGCGGUUCAGCAUCAAGUCACCCCUGCCCAGCAGCCUGUCAUUGUUGCCAUGACAUCACAAACCCAUGACCCCAGGAAGUAAAACCCAGGGCCUCGCACCAGGUACCCAAUGGACAGCCUCCUUAUCAACCUCUUAACUGCUUCGCCUUUUAUACACGUUUGAUACAACUGCAGCUGACUUGGCCAAAAAAUGUACAGGCAGCCUCUCUCAACAGAAGGGAAUUCAGUUGUAAGGAACAUUUAUUUUGGUCAAAAGUAGAUGAAAACUUUGAAAUACAUUCUGAAUAUAAAAAGCAAGUAAGGACUUUUUCCAGCUUUACACUCUUCUUAAUGUAAUCCAUCACUCACUGACAACACGAGCAAGUAAGGAUGUUAAGCUUAUGAGAGCAUUAUGCAUAUUAAAAUCAUUUCAGCACUACUUUUACUAUGUGAAUGUUGGGGAUAAUAUCUCAACCUUUCCUUGAGUUGAUGGAUCAGAUACAUCAGUCACUCUCAGGCCAAAGACCUCAUGGUUCCUGCACCUCUGCUUAGAGUCACUGCCUGAUUUAAAACCAGGGAAUGUGUGUGCAGAGAUUUGAAAUGGCCAGCAUUUACAGAAGAAACUGCGAUGAUCAGAGUUGAAAUAUUGUGUAGUUUCACACAGUUGUGGACAAAAAGAGAGAGGACUUGAGUGCAUAUACCCAGACCAGGUUGGUGGGGCUUUGGAGACUGUUAAGAAUAUGAUUGUACUGUUAAGGCAGAAGAAAAAAAAAAAAACAGGUUAAGAUGUUAAGGUCUAGACCAGAAUGUCAGACGUCUCUUCUUCUUGCCUUCCCUGUAAAGCACAAAAAGAAAAGGGUGUUGUUUUGGAAAAAGAGAUGAAAUGAAUCCAGGAAUAACAAACCAGGACGCAGUUUUCACGUCGCUUCAGCUCAGUUUGGUUUAUCAGCGUGAAGCUUCUCAGAUCCAAGACAAUCUGAGUGACUGGACAACAGAGCUGGAGCAGAGAAGAGCAAAUAAAAUAGGAGGCAACUAUUUGGAGUUGAUUGAAGUGGAGCUAACCUAAUGUAGACAAACUGAUUGUUGUUUUAAUUUUUUUUUGUUUCAGUAGUGGUAAAAGGAGAAAUGGAACAGCCUGUGCAUACACUUUUGUUUGUCUUAGCACAGAAAAGCAUUAUAUGUAAUAAUCCUUAAAGCCUUAAAAUGUUUCAUCAUAUUUUUGGUCAUUUUAUUUUAACUUUAGACAGCUUUACCUUUUUAGAUUGUUAACACAGCGCUUCUUUAACACUGCACGAUCGGCGACACUACAGUGGUGGAAGUUACGUUGCAUCAGCAGACUUGUAUCAGUUUUAUCAGGGGAAGGGCGGGACCAACAUAUGACCACAAAUUUCAACUGCUCUCUUGUCUUUUUUUUGUCUUUCUCUCUGUAUUGGUACUUGUGAAAUCUUUUCUACUCUUGGCUCUCUACUCUUUUGCUUUCAGUUUUUCCGAAAUGGCUCAGCCUUUUUUUGCCUCCGUCUCCCAUUUCCCCCUCUCCCUCUCCUCAGCGAGCAGUCUCUAUCAUUGCUGUCUCUAUAGAGGCAUCAAGCUGUUGGCAAUUCCUGUCACAGACGCUGCCUUAAUUAGAUACCCGACCCCCCCCCCCCCCCACACACACCCCCAUUCUCUCAUUCUCACUCUGCCUUUAGCUUUUCCGAAUGUCCUUGCACAGGCCUCAUUUUUAGCUGGCAAUCAGGCACAAUUUGCGCAAGAUUUCAGUGAUUGUUGUUGCACAUUUAAAAAAAAAACAAAACAAAACAAAAAAAAGACGCGUAAUGAUUGUAUGCUGCUCUAUCUGCUAAAUGACAAAGCUACUUAGAAGGUAUUUUUUUCUUAUUUUUGAAAAAGAAAAAAUAUUUUGCUAUUUGUAAAACGGCUGUCUUCAAUACGUAAACAUUCUGGAAAUAGAGAAGUAUAUGUAUUUUUAAAUGUUCCCGUUUUUUGUGAUUUGUUAAAAUGUGUAGCACAAAUUAAAAUUCCUUAUUGAUGUAA